GGACGUUAUGCUCGAUCAAAAUUGCUGCGGCGGAUUCCUUCACCCUUUAGGUCUUCCCUCGGGCGGUACAAAACGUCUAGUAAUCUACCGGUCUCGACUCCCUAAGCCUUUUCGAGUUCAUUGGGAAGCCCAUCCGCUCCGCCGGCAAACGGUAUGGCCGACGGCGGCGGCGGCGGCGGCGGAGGAGGAGCCUCCUUCUCCUUCUCGAAAGACACCGCUACUGGAGUCACCGGCGGUCAAGACAAGCUCCCCUCCUCCUCCUCCUCCGCCUCCUUGGAUGGGGGCGCCUUUCUCCUCCGUCUCCUCCAAAAACCCCCUCAAACCCAACUCUCCGCCUCCCCUUUCUCUCUACCACCCAACCACGACCCCGCCGUCGCCGCCCUCGGCCCAAGCCGUCACUUCCUUCCCCCCGAUUUCCGACCUCCACCGCCCUCCCACCCUCCCCCUCCGCCGCCGCCGGCGGGCCACUUCCCCGAACCCCACCUCUUCUCCCCUCCUCCCUUCUCCGUCCCCCCCGGGUUCCCCCCAGUCCUUUGGCCGCCGCACCCCGGCUUCCCUUCCCUCGGCGCCGAUGCCGGGAGCUCCCACGGCCCCGGGAACCAUCCCUUCUUCCGGAUAGACCAAAGGUUAGGGCUUUCGGCUACUGGCGUCGGCCCUGUUGCUGCCGCCCCUCCAAGAGGCGAUCUUUACAGAAUUCCAGGGCACCCGCAUCCAGAUAGGGUUCUCGUGGAUCAAAUUGAGUCUGGCAGGAAGUUUUCCGGUCCUCAGGGGCCAGAAGGGAGGAGCGAUUUAAGGCCACCACCGGGCUUUCAGAAGUUUCCAGUUGGUGGUGCUGCUGAAUUGGACAGAUCAUUGGCCGACCAGAGCAUUCCCAAAGUCAGCUCGGCGCAAUGGAAGGCGCAGGCCGAGAGGUUACGUGGGCACUUUGAGCGGAACCACUUCCAUGGAGAGAGAGGAAAAGAUGCCCCGUUUCAGAGGCCACCACACAGGCCACAGGGAUUGGGGCAAUGGAUCGCCACGCAUGAGAGGCAAGAUGGGGAUCAAAAGGUGGGGAGGAGGGAGAGGAGUUGGAGUGACGAGAAUCAUGAGUCUCAUUCUUACCCAGAUGAUGCAGCGGCACACGGAGAGUUUCGGCACGAUGAUCAUAGGGGGUAUAGCGAUAUUCCCCUCAAAUCCCAGCUUAGAAAUCGGCCUGUCAGCUCUAGCCGACCUAUCAACAGCAAUCGACGUCCUGGUGGAGAAUCCGAGAAGGAUGCAGAUAAUGAGGUUGAUGAUGGAGGGAAGAAAGCUAGAGGGCAUAGGCUGGAAAGUUCAGAUCAGAGUGAAAUUGAUGAUAUAUCCUCUAGAAGGGAUAAUUGCAGGGAAGAGGAUGUGUUAAACGAACAACUUAUGGAUUCUUUGGAGUUGAGGGAUGAUGCAGUGCUUAAGAAUGCUAUGACCCAUGUCAGUACUUCACGGGGCAAGGAUGUCAGGUCAGACACUUUUAGAGGACAUUAUGUAUCAAGCCAGCGAGUGAGGAUCCGAAGGAGAACACUGGAAUGUCGCUGGGACAUAGAUGCACUGACACCUAGUUUCCUUUCAAUUUUUGAAUCUUUAGUACCUGCAGAGGAGGAAAUAGCCAAGCAAAAGCAAUUAUUAUUUUCACUGCAGAAUUUGGUAAACAAAGAAUGGCCCAAUGCUCGGCUGUAUCUUUAUGGAUCAUGUGCCAAUUCAUUUGGGGUCUCAAAUAGUGAUAUUGAUGUCUGUUUUGCUAUUGAUGAUACUGACAGAAACAAGCUUGAUAUUUUGUUAAAAUUGGCAGAUGUCUUGCAGUCUGGUAAUCUUCAAAAUGUGCAGGCACUAACUCGUGCUAGGGUUCCUAUAGUAAAGCUAAUGGAUCCAGUUACUGGACUUUCUUGUGAUAUAUGCAUCAAUAAUCUCUUAGCAGUUGUUAACACAAAGCUCCUGAAGGAUUAUUCACAAAUAGAUGGUAGACUAAGGCAGUUGGCUUUUAUUGUGAAGCAUUGGGCCAGAUCCCGUCGCGUCAAUGAAACAUAUCAAGGGACUCUUUCUAGUUACGCUUAUGUGCUAAUGUGCAUUCACUUCUUGCAACUCCGCAAGCCUGCAAUUCUUCCUUGUUUACAGGCAUUGGAGGCAACCUAUGCUGUAACUGUAGAUAAUGUUGAAUGUGCUUACUUUGACCAAGUCGAAAAACUGCAUGAUUUCAGUGCUCGGAAUAAGGAAAGUAUUGCACGGUUGCUUUGGGCAUUUUUUCAGUACUGGGCAUAUCAUCAUGAUUAUACGAAUGAUGUUAUAUCUGUUCGAACAGGAAGCAUCAUUAGCAAGCAAGCUAAGGAUUGGACAAGGCGGAUUGGAAAUGAUCGUCAUCUAAUAUGCAUAGAAGAUCCCUUCGAGAUUUCCCAUGAUCUCGGCCGUGUGGUUGACAAGUACAGCAUUAAAAUUCUGAGGGAAGAAUUUGAACGAGCUGCAGAUAUUCUGCAAUACGAUCGGAACCCCAGUGUCACUCUCUUUGAGCCUUAUGCACCGUGUUCAAUGCAAAGUUCAAACCAGUAAGGCAUUGGUGCCGUGGAUUAGCUUUGUAGAUAUUUUAGGACAGUCUGGGACUCGAGUAGUAUGGAUAAUUAAGAUUAUCUAUUUGAUUGCAGUGGUUGUUGAGAUAAAUUUUUAUCCUAAUUUUCUUUUUUAAACUUUUUUGAUCAUGCCGGAAGCAUUUAUGCUAACAUACUGUAAUCGAAGCUCGACGGAUAAAUGAUUAUUGCUAAAAGACAAUAUGUAUAAAUAUAGUUAAAUCA